AUGGAACCACAUACAGUCAGCAUGGAUCACACUGAGAUUCCGAUCAUCGACACUGGCGAACCUCUUUUUGAUGUUCUUCCCAAGCUGUUCAACUUCAUCAGCAUGGCAGUGGGCGAUAUGGCAUACACAUUCGAGCAAAUGAUGUACGGCUCCCAAGGACACCGUCUCAGACAGUUAGUCCAUGCUUUAGCCGAAGAUAGUCACAAUCCAUUCAUUAUUGUGGCUUUGAUGAUCCUGAAAUGGGAAUUUGACACUGCUGUCGAGGACGACUGGGGCCUCAAUGAAAGCCGAGGUGCAGCGUGUGAGUUCGUUGCUUGGCAAUUCCUAUGUCAUCUGAAUCAGCACGAGACAAUCGAGUUUCUGCUAGAGGAGCUUCCGAUCCCACGGCGCAAUUCUGCAAAUUCCAUCGAAGCAGAAGCAGAUACUUCUGGUUUGACAUCUCGAGGUGGCACACACAAUACCGAAAGCGAGACUACGCCUCUCUUGCUAAACUCGUCCUCUUUGAGUCGUCUUUUUGGUGGCAGAGCGAACGAAGCCGGGUCUACCGGGAACUCACAGGGCGCAAACUCGCAGGACGAGACUUACGCUGCCCAGAGGUACUCCCAAUUUUUCGGAUUGAAUGCGUUGGAGAUCGCAACAAUUGCCCAUGCAAAGAGAUUUCUAAGCCAACGAGUUGUUCAGCGAGUUGUUGAUGAUAUAUGGAAUGGGGAAAUCGUGUUCUGGGAUUCUUUGACAGUGCAUUCAACCAAGAAGCCCCAGCUUUUCAACAGAAGAACAGCAGAUCCAUAUUCACGUUUGAGGGUACCUAUCUACCGCAAGGUUUUUGAAGCGGCCUUCUUCGUCUCUUUCCUUUUCCUCUACUACGCAGUCCUUGUGGAGAGGAAGCAAGAUGCCGUUGGUGUUUUCGAGGCCGUAAUGUACGUGUGGAUUGUUGCCUUUGCGUACGACGAGCUGAGUGGGAUCAUCGACGCCGGGGUCGUUUUUUACCAAAUGGAUUUCUGGAGUCUGUGGAAUAUCAGCAUCAUCGGGGUCGGAAUGGCGUUUGUCAUAACUCGAGUCAUUGGGUUGGUCAAGGGCGAUAACCCCAUGAUCGAACUAUCAUUUGACAUUUUGUCUCUGGAGGCUCUAUUUCUUGUGCCAAGGAUCUGCUCACUCGUGAGCUUGAACUCAUACUUCGGCAGUCUAAUACCUGUAUUGAAGGAGAUGACAAAAGCGUUCUUUAGGUUCUUUCCAGUGGUUGUAGUAUUGUAUAUUGGGUUCCUGACGACAUUUACCAUGCUCGCCCGUGACCGCUUGUCUCUCGAUACAAUGUCACAUUUAUUAGUGAAGGUGUUCUUUGGUUCGAGCGUUCUUGGCUUAGACACCGCGUCUGAAAUCUCCCCAAUCUUCGGCUACGGCUUGAUGCUUAUUUUCGCAUUGAUGACCAAUACCCUCAUUCUCUCAUCUUUGAUCAGUUUGAUGAGUAUGAGUCUUGAAGGGGUAAUGCGUCAUGCCCGAGAAGAAUAUCUCUUUCAGUUGGCGAUCUAUGUUCUAGAAAGCAGCAAUUCUCGACGAUUGACAUACUUCAUGCCACCCCUGAAUCUUAUUCCCCUGCUUUGUAUCCGCCCCAUGCGAAUUUUCCUAUCUGCGGGAACUGUUCGCCGCGUGCGCAUUGUUUUACUACGGGCCACGCAUCUUCCGUUCGUCGCGUUGAUAUGGGCAUAUGAGUCAAAGUGGCGACAUCCGCGGCGACAUAACAGUCGACUUCCCCCAAUGUCGGCACGCGCCUAUCGUACUUCUGCAAACGAGGCGACUCUGUCCAGGUGCCAGGACCCACAUCACCCCUCCGUAAGCAUAGUUGGAACAAGUCUGGGCCCUGGAAAAGGACGCAGAGUGGAUCAGCAAGCCGCGCGUGAAUCUGGCAUGGAGCGGAGGCAAACCCCAUUUACGGACCUGAUCGACACGAUAGAACGACUUCGAGCUCAAGUGGAUGCAAUUGCCGCACGAGACUGA